CAGCAUCUUCUCAACAGAUCCUCUCCCGCCGCAACAUCCAUCCGCUCAGGAUCUUCCUCUCUCUCACCAUAAAAUCAUAAAUCUUCUCUCCGCUUCUCACAUAUGCUCCUAACUUCUAUCCAUGGAUGCGUUGGGAUCCCCAUCCGAAUCACUGCUUCUCAGCUCCUACUCUCUAACCACUCUCAGUAGCUUCUGCACGUGCGUGGCUGUACUAACCGCAGCGGUCAGCCUCUGGAGGAUCCGAGCCGUCGGUUCUCUUUCCCGCCCCAAAUCCAUCCUUACUCCCUCAUCUCCAGAUCGUACAGACGAAAAAGAUGCGGCCGCCAUCCAGAAACCACCGGCUCCAAGGGAGCCGUCGGAUCUGACGCCAUCCACGUCCUCGAGAUGCGAGCCGGCACUUUCCGCGGGAGCUGACGGCGUAAGGAGGAGGAAGUUCACAGCGUAUUACGAGGAAGCUGGCAUCGGCGACGAAGGAGUUGACGACGUUAGUGACGCGGUUUGUUCUGUUGGGGGAGGGUUCGAUCAAGUUAGGAUUAGGCUGCCGGUGACUAGGACGGUGGAUUUGGGUUGGUACUGGGGCCAGGACUUGACGGUGCUUAACGGCAGCGUGGUGAGGUUAUGGGACAGAGAGGGAAGGAGGAUGACGCCGUUACGAUGGGGUUAACGGGACUGAUGGAAAAUUUUCUCUGUUUUCCUUUUUUGUAUGUAAAUGAUUCGAUAUUUGGUAGAGCAUGAUGAAUCAUACUUAUGCACUUAGGAAUUCCGUACUUGCGUGCAAGUAAUUUAUAUUAAAUUUGUUCAAGUUAUCAGAAUUUAGAUGCAUCAAGAACUGAUAAUAACCAUA